CAGAGAAGUGUGCCUACAUGCCACUAGGGAAAAAUGUAUGAACCCAUACUUCUAGAUGUUUCUUUGUCAGUACCAGAAAUGGUACAACUGACUGUGCAAAGCUACAGAAGAUCCCUGCAAGAGUUUUCUGAAAGCCCAGUUAUGUCAAGAUGCAACAGCCUCAGGUCUUCCCACUCUCACACUGGUGGACCACAGAGCAUCACUGAAUGGCUAUCACUCUGUGAAAAGGAUCCAGUGGAGAUUCUCCUUGAUUUGGGGUUUGGUACAGAAGAACCUGAUGUCUGCACUAAAAUCCCUCCUAGGUUCCUUAGUGGUUCUUCUGUGGCAAAAGGUAUUGACAUCCGAGUCUUUUUGGAAGCUCAAAAGCAGCGGAUGGACAUUGAGCUGCCAAACCUAUAUGGACGUUUUCGACAACUGGAAGUACUUGACCACAUCACCAGCGCCCUCUCAUCUUUGCUGACUGAUGUGAACACCCAGCAGACCAAAGCACAGGAAACUGGUGGGAAUGUGACCAGUCAUUUGAAUGCUGUGAAGAGCAGAUCUGAGGUCACACAAGCAAAGAGGAGAAGAAUAGGUCAGCUCCUGAGAAGGGCUUCUCAACAGACAGCACUACGGAAACUGGGCUCGCUGACACCUGAGGAAGUCAGCAUGCCAGGCACAGAAGAACAACCUCACCUUUGUGUGGAUAUUGCUGAGAGGGGACCGAUCCACACAGGAUUUUCUGCGCAUGUUACCUUGGGCUGUCUGACCCAGGAGCAAACCCGUAGAGCCAAAGGGUCCUCAGCUUAUCCCAUAUCCCCGUGCCCACCAUCUCUGCCAGGGAAAACCUGUGCUUUGUCGCAUUUAGUAACAAAACAGCUCCACCUUUCUUCUCCAUGUGAGGUGCCUGCCAAAGACAGGCCAAGAAAAGAGCCCCAUUUGUUUUUGGCCCAGAUGCUCAAAAAAUUGGCAGGUCUAAACUGCAGGCCUCCAGACUCAUUUGAAAUGGAAGAGAUUCAGAGCUUUGAGGAUGAAAUUCUAUGUGGAAAUACUCCUGACACCACGUCAAAGAUGAUGGUGACGAGAACAAGCAGCUGCCAGUCAGACAGCAGUGGGUUCAUGGAGGAGCUGCCAGAACCCUUCGUACUGCAAAAUGCAUCUUUGUCAAGAGAGAUGAAUAUUUUUUCUGAUCUGUACAACCAACAAACAGCUCUGUCACAUGCGACAGAGUUUCCUCUGUUAAAUCAAGAUUUCCAACAAAAUCAAGGUGAUUGUGUUGGCGAAGUCCUCAUCACAGCUUGUGAAAGCAUCGUGGCUGUAUCUAGACCAACAAAAGCAUGCAAAGACCAAGGAGAAGAGAUUUCCCUUCUGCUGACUGCGGAAAAUGGCGAGCAUCAGGCCUGUAAUGCUGAGCUGCAGAGUUUUGUCCAAGAGAGAUUAUGUGGCAUGAAAGAGUAUAAAACUGAAAGACAGCAUCUUGAAAAAGAGGACUGCAUAGAAGAGAAUACUCCUUCUUUUAAGGGUGAUACUCAAGAUGAAGGAGAUCCUGUCUCAUUGAAAUUUCAUUGUCAGUUUCAUUUCAGUACAGGACAUAAAAAUAUGAAUGCAGCCUUCACUGAAUUGAGUGAUACAAACCCUGUAUUCAUCACUGAGAGCAAGCUCAGAGAUGAUGAUGAAAGUGAGAGAGGCCUGAUGGAAAAGGACAGUGAAGUCACAUGUCACAGAAAUGUCCACAGAGACUGUACAGAAUGUGGUGAAGAACGGCGGUGGGGGGUGGAAGUGGUCGUCAAAAAUGGUGCCCUGCUUGCAGUAAAUGAGGAGACAAACAGGCAGAACUUUCGUAAAAUGGGUGCUGAUGCAAAAAAAAUAAGAUGCUUCUCCAGAAGGGGGCUCCCAGAAACUCUGUGUAAGGGCUGUGCCAAUCCAAGCUGCUCUUCACAGGUGUCUCACAGGCCUCCCCUGUGCCAAACAGAAGGGCCAGGGUUAAGUUCACCCAACGACCAACAGAUAGGGGGCACAAGGGAAAUGUUAGGCACUAACAAACCAGAACUAGGAGACCCUGUCCAAAACUGUGAAAUGACUCGCAUUCCUAUGAGAUCUGUUACUGUUCAGAUGCCUUCAGGGCUGGAGUUUACCUCAAUGGUGAAGUGCACAACACAAAAUGUUCCUUGCACUGAAAGCCUCGCUAGGGAUGACCAUGUGGACCUGUCCAAGGUGGUAGCACACUGUUCUGAGGGUGCUAGUCCCAUAUGGUCAGACCCAGGGGCUUCAGAGGACAGUGUGAAGCAGAUCACUGACACCCCCAGCCAAACUGCAGAGAAUAGGAAGACCAGGCAGCUGCCCGUGCUUUGCCCACCCCAUAGCCACCUGACAAAAUCAGCCUCCCUAGACACCAUGCUCUCUGGUAAAUACAGGCCACACCGUUGCAGUGAAACCUCUGGAAUGAUGGGUGCACAGGGCAAUCCCUGCUGCCACCACUGCUGCUGCCAUGGCUGCUGCUGCUUAUGGACAUGUCCUGUGGCCGUUUCUCCCCACAGCCCCAUGUGUUGCUGCUCAAACCAGGCUGCCAACAAGCUGCAGCUCUUGAGGACACUGAAGUUUCUGCAGGAAAACACAAUGAGAAAUCUUCCUCUGUGUAGUCACGAAAUAGAGUUGAUGAAGAUCUCCUGCCAGCACUUCCAUGAGAAGCUGGAUGAGAUUGAACAGCACCUGACAGAACAACAGGCAUUGUUUGCCAAUUAUAUGCCAGAAGAAGGAAGAGAGGAAAGCAGAAACCUGCAACACCUACGUCAAGCCGUUCGUCAGGAGAUGGCAGAACUGGAACUCUGUCUGAAUGAUAAAGCUUACCAAGUCGGGGAGGGCAUCCUGAUGCAGCUGGACCAAUUACUGGUAGAACAAUCCCAUCUGUUUUCUGAGCUCGGACUUUCUGAUUGGAAGGGAGAAAGAAAUGCCCAGAAUAAACAAGCACUUCCAGAUGCUGCUGGUGCUAGAAGUGGGUGCUCAGAAAGGGUACCCCAAAGAGCUGCUAGCAAAAACACCACAGCAGCAGGCUCUCUCUCUGCCCUGCAGCCAGGGGCACCCUUAACGCCGCUUCCCACCAGGACAGUGCCUGAGCCAAAUUCAUCCAUGCUGGAUCUGCAGGAGCCCUCCAUCAGUAAAGAAGAAAUAAAAGGACCUCCUCAAGCAAAAUCUGACUUUAAGGCCUUUAUACACAAUUUGAAGAAAUCUUUCCAAAAUCCUUUAGGUAACGAUUCAGCAGAAGGGAAAGACUGACGGAUGACAGACUGAUGGAUUUUGUUUCUAGUAAUUGUGGCCUUUCUCCUUCAAUACAUGGUAUAUCUCAGAAACAAAUGAGCAAAAACAUUGUGUUAUAGAGAGUUCUGAUCACAGUAAUUUCAUUUGCAAUGGGAUGAUUGGCCAGAAAGAUAGGCACCUUUACAGAAUGUCUCAAAGAGAGGUACUGUGUGUUUUGCUAUUCUGUGAUGGCAAAACUUACUACAUUCUUCUUGGCCAUCAUCUGGGGUAGAGCAGUGCUUGGAAAAGGAGAGAGCUUAUUUUUAGAAGAAACUUGUGAACUUCCAGAAGACAUUCUCCUUACAGCCAAUUACCUUAAUACAGUCCUUUAACCAGUACCAAUCCUCAAGCCCAGACUACCUUGCAUAGUCAAAGCCCCUUUCUAGCUUUUAACUAGCUACUAAAGCCUAAUUUGCCUCUGACUAAUUUUGUAAGUUUUGUAUCUACUCUCAGUACCAAAACAGAAGCUUACCAAUAAUGUACGAGACCUUAAACACUCAUGCUGUCAAAACGUUACUGUGGAUAAUCUACUGACUGUCCUAUUCGUUCCCAUAUUUGCUUCACAUAAAUCUAAUUAAAUAAAAUGAGACUAGAAACACAGGAUUUACUACAUUAUAAAACUUGAAUCAAAAUCCUAGUUUAGUUUCCUGGGGAGUGAGCGAAGUCUGGAUUCAUGCAGGGGAAAAAAAAAAAAAAAGGAAAAAGAAAAUAAAAAGACCUCUCUGGUUUGGAGUACAGCAAAGAAAUCCAACUAGUUCAUUUUCAAAGCAGUUUGUGCUCCUGAUUUCAGUUUAGCGCUUCCCAGACUGUGAGACACCCUACCGGCUUGUUUAUUUAAUGCUCUGGAGGGAUCUUAGGUGUCAUUUAGACUUUGGUGUUGCAAAUCACAGCUCCGCGAAGGUGCAAAUAGAAGUAGCAUUUGCACAUGUUCAAGGAGAAAAUUGAGUCAAACAUGCUGAGCAGCCUGGAGGCUUCCUGCACCUCGAUGUUUCCACAGAUGUUCAAGGUAAUAAAAUGAUUGGGGGAGAGAAGUUCAUAACACAUGAACCAACAAGAUCCUCCACAGCCUGCUGGGCCAUGAAUUUUACUGGUUGAAAUUUGCCCCUUUCUUGAAACCCCACAUGGGAUUUGUGCAUCGCUUCCAUGCUAUCGAAUGGUUAGGAGUUUAUAUGUCAAGAUUUGUGACUAAUUCCUUUGAAGCUGCUGGGAUUUAUCCUGACAAUAAGCAGCAUGCAGAGAGGGCCAAAAUAACCUGCAUCUCCAUUAGCUUAUGAACUGUACUUGUAGACGUCGUACUUCAGUUUGUAGAGGAAGGAACAUAAACAGUACAGUGAAGGAUAUACAAUGAUGCCCGUGCCAAAGGGCUCCUGGAAGAAAGGGCAAAGAAGCUUCCUUUCUUCACCAGCACUUGGGUUGUGAUUCCUCCCAUGAAACAAGAUUCUUUUUGUGUGUUUCAAGGCAGCAUGCUAAGUAAAAGCUGUAAUAUGGAUGCAAUGCUACAGCCACUGUAUGCCUGUCUUACAGGCAUAAGGUAUCCAUACCAUACACAUUAUGUGAAUAGGUGGUGGUAUUGGUUGGUGGCAGCUAUUCUUGAUCACAAGUCCUCUGAUACCAUUUGAAAUCUGCUAUCUGUGUUCACAAUCAGGACUGAAUUUGACCCCUGUUAACAAAACUUUCCUGUUUGAAUAGUUUCUAGAUGUAUGUGCAGUCCAGUUCCUCAUUUCAAUUUUAUUGUAAAACAAUCUCAUGCAAGCUGCGGGGGAAUAGGGUUCCCCCAAAUGCAACACUUUGACAUCCAUAAAUACAUUAUUUCCUUGAUUAGGCUUGGAUUUAAAGACAGAGAACCCUUUAAGUACAUGUGUUUUUAACAGUCAAGCUAUAACCUCAUAGCAAUAAAAAAUAUGCUAAGCAAUGAAAAGGGGAAAAGUCUUUUGACUUAUCCUAGAGCAUAACUUCAAAACCCCUUUGAGCAUGUUGCAGGGACAUCUGGAUUGAAUUUCUUAAUGCUGCUGUUGAAGAUGGGGGAAAGAAAAAAACACCAUAGUUUUGGGAUCAGGAAAGUCUGGAGUAGUGCUGGUGAGCGUAACAACCUAGAUGCAUGCCCGCUUUGUCUUUCACUCACAGUGUUACCAGCCUUUUAAAUUCUUUUAUUUCCCCUCAGGGCAGUCAUAAGUAAAUAUGAUGGGAAUCUUAAAGAUAACUCCACAAAAUUAAUGAAAUAUUAACAUAUCUGAUUGAGUAACAUAAUUGCGCUCGCUAGCGAGAACCAUAGCUUGCAGGCUUACAAGGCAGCAGGUCAUAUCUUGGUGGAGGCCACGCUGCUUGUGAAAAGCAGCAGUGCUGAGCAGUUUGCAUCUGAAAUCUGAAGAAAACUGACCCUGUGACACUGCAGGAUUUCUGGGUUAAAAAAAAAAAAAAAAAAAGAAUGGAGGGUGGAUAGUGAUAGGACAAGGGGGAAUGGUUUUAAACUGGGACAGGAGAGGUUUAGGUUAGAUAUUAGGAGGAAGUUUUUCACAGAGGGUGGUGACACACUGGAACAGGUUGCCCAAGGAGGUUGUGGAUGCCCCAUCCCUGGAGGCAUUCAAGGCCAGGCUGGACGUGGCUCUGGGCAGUCUGGUCUGGUGGUUGGUGACCCUGCACAUAUCAGGGGGGUUGAAACUAGAUGAUCAUUAUAGUCGUUUUCAACCCAGGCCAUUUGAUGAUUCUAUGAUAAUGGUUGGAGAAAUUGCAGUAGUAGCAGUACUUGAGCUAAAGACUUUUCCUCCCAGUUCUAGUGCUCACAACUGCAAUGGGCUGAACCACUGGCCCUGUUUCAUGGAAUUGCUAAGGCUGCACGGUUAGACAUGCUAUGGAAAUGGCAAUAGGGUAUAGGGAUGGACAUUGCUGUGUUACAGAGGUGCUGCUUCUCCCAGUUCUCCAGCCCUAUUUCAGCAUCCCUAGAUUGCACAGAUCCUAAAACUGUCACCUCAAGUCCUUUUAAUUCCAUUAAGAGCUUAAUGCUUCCUUUGCCCUGUUAACAGUUUCUGGAGUGCAGGGGCCACAUAUUGCCUCACCAAAGCACGUUAUAGCGAAGGGGGAGAUUAAAAAAAAAAAAAGAUUCCCUAACAAAGGUAGAAAAUCACCCACCCUGGUUCAGUAGCAAUUCAUGUCACUUGAAUUUUACUUCUUAUGUCAUUGUCUUUUGCCUUCAUUGGUUUUCCCUGAUGCCCCAUAAAUCUUUAAACCCUGAAGCUAAAAGAGGCUGCAUUGUGCACCAGCUUUAAUAUUGAUUUUGCUAGAGUAUAAAAUCUAGAGAGAUAAUGAGGAAAUCCAUCUAAGGUACCCUGCCAAGGGCUCCCAUUAGUCGCUUUACCAGGCUUCAAUUCAAUAAACCCUUGAGAGUGACACAUGAAUAAACAUUAGAGCCUCCCUGGUAUGUUAAUGCAUCAGUUGCCUGAUUGUCACUGCUGCCAACAGACUCCAAGAAAAGAAGUAUCUUGGGAGCUGAGCCCCUUCCAAAUUCAAGUCCAAAGUAGGUUUGACACCACUUUAGGAGAAGACAAGGCUCAGGAGAGCAGUGUGACAGCCCAAUAACACGGCACAGACGCUUUCAGUAGCGGUGACUUCUGGAUACACCGUCCAGACCUGCCUAGAAUGGGUCUGCUGUCCCCGUACUGCAUGGUGAAUGCUGUGUCAGAUACAUGAUCGUCCCCCUGCAGGAAUGCAGUUUGUGUUUGAACAGAAAGUCUCAAAUACUGACCUCCAGCAAUUGGAACUGAGCUGCUUAAUGCCAGUGACUUUCUCUUGCAGGGCUACUAGCUAGUUAUGGGUCUUAUUCCUGGCUAUACCACAUGCUCCCUGUAUGACCCAGGCCUUUUUCUUCACUCAGUGGGUGGUCCUUAUUCUCUUUUAAAUUUCUCACUGAGACGUUAGCCCCUCCUAACCCAUUCAUAAAGAGCUGGGCUCAGUGGAGGCCCAAUAUCAGCUGGGACCUCUGCUUGCUGCUGCAAUAAUUGUAUGAGCUGCCUUUCAAUAAGAUCCAUUGGUAUUUAAGAAACUGCUGUGGUGUCACUUUAUAAAGCUGUUGACUGUUUUAACUCCCUUUUCUCCAGAAGCAAGGUUUUGACCUUCCUUGUAGAAAUGGAUACAGACAAAAGAGGCUGAAGCCUGAACAAAAUGGCAAUUUUCUUAUGAAAUGGGAAAGCUCAGAAUCUGAGAUUUCCAGAAAUUAAAAUAACAUGAAACAACACUAUUCUCACUUCACCAGAGAGGUGCAUUUGAAUUCAUCUAUCUUCAUUUCAUUCUUUUCCAUUGUCUUUUCUUGGGCGCAUCAUUCAUUCAAUUAGCACAGAUCACAGCUAGUAAGGGACACAGGUGUAUCCCAUUGAGGCAACUCAACCUUAACAUGGAAAACAUUUAUUACCAUGACAAAUAAUGCAGAACACUGGCAGCAUUAUGCUGAAAUUAUAAUUUUCCCAUUAAAAAAAAAAAAAAGGCUUUUAAGAGAGUAGUGCUUACAAUGAGGAGGUAAGAAGGACAAGAGACUGAAAGUCUGGAGCUAAGGAGAUGUUUUUCCCCCACCUUUUAUCCCAAGGGAGCAUGAAGGCUCUCUGGGGCCCCACCUUAAGAUGCUGACAGACUUGUAUCCCUUGCCUCCUGCUGGCAACCUCCGAUCCUGUCACCUGCAAAAAGCUUUUAUAAAUGCACACAGAGGUGAAAUAUUCCCCUUCUUCUGUGCUCUCUUGGCCAGCUGCCUCCAGGAAUGACUGUAAGUAUUUAGUAGGGAGACUUCAGUAAAAAUAUCUGCCAAGGAUGGCAUGCUGCCUGGGGUCCCAAAAUGGAGCAGGGUGAGAGACCUCUUCUACAGGGAUGGUGAAGAAAACUGCGGUGCUCAUCUCGAGACUCCCAUACCUCAUCCCAUUUCAAUGUACAAAUUUUGGGGAAAUCAUUUUAUGUCAAUUCCCACUCUAUAAAAAGAAGACUGUAGGAUUCAGCUUUCACAAAAAGGAGAGCUUCCAUUCUAGUAGACAGCUCAAGUCAAGCUAUCGCAGCUUAUUGUGAAACAAGGUGUGGGGAAAAAAUGUCUGCAGUUAAGUAUUAUCUUGCUGAUGAUUCAAGUUUUUAAAGAUUGCCUGGAUUUCCCAGAGGUUCUUCUAGGCUACUGACAGAAAGAAAAUUACAGGGAGAAGGGAAUACUUAGAAUCACUUAAGAAGAAAAAAAAAAAGAAACAAAACACUAAUUAUUUGAAAACUAAGAUCUAUUAUUACAGUG